GCCGCCUCACAGCGAUGGCGGCCGAGCAGGGCCGGCAGCGGCGGCGGCUGCGGCUACGGCCGGAGACGGCACUGGAGGAGGUAGUGGUGGGUGGCGGGGGCCUGUGACCAGGAGCCGCCCUCGGGCCCGGGCACCAUGAGCCAAGGUCCCCCUACAGGGGAGAGCAGCGAGCCCGAAGCAAAGGUCCUCCACACUAAGCGGCUUUACCGGGCUGUGGUGGAGGCUGUGCAUCGACUUGACCUCAUCCUUUGCAACAAAACUGCUUAUCAAGAGGUGUUCAAACCAGAAAACAUUAGCCUGAGGAACAAGCUGCGUGAGCUCUGUGUUAAGCUUAUGUUCCUGCAUCCAGUGGACUAUGGGAGGAAGGCGGAGGAGCUGCUGUGGAGAAAGGUGUACUAUGAAGUUAUUCAGCUUAUCAAAACUAACAAAAAGCAUAUUCAUAGCCGAAGUACCUUGGAAUGUGCCUACAGGACACACUUGGUCGCUGGUAUUGGCUUCUACCAGCAUCUCCUUCUCUAUAUCCAAUCCCACUACCAGCUCGAACUGCAGUGCUGCAUUGACUGGACCCAUGUCACCGACCCCCUCAUAGGUCAGUGAAACCUAUAAGGUGGACUUAAGGACUAAGGUUUUCAUGUUCCACUUCUGGGCUUUUUGUCCUCAGGGUUUGUAUAGCUCAUGACCCAGCCAAGCAGAAGGAGUUGUAGCAACACCUACAGAUGCUUCAUGAAACCUAGAUUUAUUCAAACAGUCAUAUGAAUUAGGGUAAAGAUCUUAAGGAAAGAAGCCCAGGAUUGUGGACUGAUGGUGGAGGCAGUGGAGAAAGGACAGAAGGAUCUAGAGAAGGUCUGGCACUGGAAAAUGGUAUUAAUAACAUUUCUUUUCUUCUCCCAGUUGAGUUUUACUGGCUCUGUUUCUUGCGACUUUAGAGAUGGUUUCCCAGUGUUUGAUGAAAGUUUGAAAUGUUUAGAAAUGUUAGGAAAGUUGUGAACAGUCUUUUAAGAUAAUGCAAAUAUGUUUUCAGCCAACAGAUGUACUAGAAGCUAUAGUUUUACUUCUUUUUGUAGUUGGUAGCUUUCUUUUUAGUUCUACCAUCUAUUAGAGCUCCUUCCCACCAUCUCUCUUUGCUCUCUUAUGUCUCCUUCCUUUCCCCCACAGCCAUGCCCCUAACCCUAAUGAGGGCAUUGUGGGUCAGAGAUAGAGGUCAUGUCUUUUCUACUACA